UCCUCUUCCCUCAUCCUCUGUUUUCCCCUCUCUCUCUCCUCUGUUUUUCCCUUUCUCUCUCUUCAAAAUAUCAAACCCAUUUUUCUCUCCAAUUCAAUCCAAUCCCACAACACCCACUUCAAAUCAUCUCCCAAUUAUCACCCCCCAUCUCAAAAACAACAAAAUCCCCUGUUUUUACCCAUGUCAGCUGCCGUCGCCGCCGCCGCUGCCGCCGCCCUCAGACGCCGGAGCUCCUCCAACUCCACCGCCUCCGAUGGUUUAUACACUCAAUAUUACCCCUCUCUCUCUCUGCCAAAGAUGCCUCUCCGACAGCCGCCAUUGUUCAGCCGAUACGAGACCCAGAAACGGAAGGACUGGAACAACUUCCGGCAGUACUUCAGAACCCACUUCCCGAAAUUAAGCCUCGCUCGCUGCAGCGGAGAGAAUGUCGUGGAAUUCCUCAGCUACAUCGACGGAUUCGGCCAAACAAAAAUCCACGCCGCCACCUGCAGCAACUCCGGCCACCGCUACCCAGCAGAUAUCUGCUGCGAUUGCCCCACCCGGCAGCCGUGGACCAGCCUCAACGCACUCAUCGGCCGCCUCAAAGUCGCCUUCGUGGAAAACGGCGGAAAUCCGGUGACCAACCCGUUUAACGCCGUCGACGUCAAAGCUUACCUCAUCGAUCUCAAGGACUCUCAAAGCUAACCAUGAAAGCUUUUACACAUAAUUUUUUCAUGGCCCAGACUGGUUCGCUAAUCUAAGAGAGAGGGGGCAGAUAGCAAAAAAGAAAAAAGAAAAAAAUG